AUGGACUAUGACACGUCGUUCGAGGAGUUUGCGGACGGAAAGAAAUUUAUAGCUGUUGUUGUUUCGGAUAAUGAGGACGAUUACAACUCAUGGGAGGAUUCAGGGCCCGAUGAAGAGGUCAAAUCUCCUGUUGGAAGUAGUAGUGUGCGUAGUAUGGCUGUUGGAGGGGUUUUAAGUGCUAGUGGUACGCCUGGUAAAGUUGGUUUGGUGAAGAGUAAAGGCGAGGAGAAGGAGAGGGAGAAGAAAAGGUGGUCUUUUAUGUCUAAUCAUUCUUCUUCUUCUGGUACAGCUAAGAAGCGUUGGUCUGCACUUUCUACAUUUACGUUGGACUCUGAUACGAGACAUUCGAGGGAGUCCAAGGAUAAGGAUGCGAAAUUUAUCAAACGGGUCUCUACACAUAGUUCGCUUUCAUCGCAUAAGCGAGGUUCAAUCAUUAGUAAUAGUGAGAAUGAGCAAUGUGCAAAGUCGCCUCAUUCAUUGAAGAGAAGUUCUACUGGUUCAUCAUUGAGGCAGUUGUUUGGGCUUAUUGCAUUAAAUGAUGAGAAUAAGGAGAAUCAUGGUAAGAGCGAUCAAACGCUUAAACAACCUUCUGCGAACACUUCAAAGGUUAAACAUAGUGUUGUGCAAGCGAAAGAGCGCAGAAAUUCAAAUUUUAGAGCUCCUUUGACGCCUGUUGUGAAUGAGGCUAAUCGCCAAAGGCAUUCUGUUAUGCUUGGGAACAAUGGGUAUGCUAAUUACUCGAUGUCGACUGUGGCUACUUCUAGAGAAAACGGUUCGGGAUUCCAUACACAUUCCCCCAGUAUUUCGUCGCUUUCGUCAAUCAAUUCGUCGAGUUCUAAAUGGAGGUUCUGGAAGCGAGGCAAUAAUAAUUCACUUUCGAGAUCGUCCUCAUCCCAGUCGCUCAAUGUGGCACAUGAAAAUGGCUCUAUGAAUGAUUCUAAGGUUAAGAAUAGAAGUUCUUUGGCAGAUUUACACAAGUCGCUUUUUCCGCACAGUAACAAUAGCGGUGGAAAUGGUAGCCUGGAUCUGAACGACAAUUGCUCGAUCGCUUCUAGCACAUUAUCCAAGAGACCAUCAUCGUCUAACUUGUCGAUCAAUGGGUUAAAACACCGAUCUUCGCAAUCGAGCUUGAAACACAAGACCUCUCAUAGUUCUUUGCAAAGGUUCAAGACUAGAAGAAAAUCUAACAACACAGGUGGUGGGGGAGAUGACUGCUCAUCUUCGAACUCCCAAGGUCCUCAGAUCUCGCUACCUGUACCAGACCAGGUCUCCCGUGAUAAGAUCCGGGCUAAGCUUAGAAACUCUACUUCCCUGUUGUCUUUGGGAUCCACGACACCGGUUGUCAUGAAGGACUACGACGAGGCACUUCUAACCCAGCUCCUAGAGCUUUGCGAUAUUAGACACGUCGUCAACGAAAAGGAUAUAAUGGCGUCUUUGGCAGACUCUCGAAAACUUACUUCACACGUUCGGAGUCCUCGUAAGAACGAAGCAGUGGUCAUUAAGAAAUUACCGCUGGGAACUUUGGAAGAUGUCACAUACUCAAAGGAAAUGUGCUUGCAAGAAUUAAAAAUGUUACGCCUCUCGAAGGGAACAACGGGUUUGCCCUGGCUAUUGCACUCAUACGUGAUACGCGAGAAGAUCGAACAAGGCAAUGAUACGAGACUUUUCUUGAUGCUUGUACUGAAGAACCAUGGUAAUCCACUCUCGACUGUAAAUUUGACCAGUUGGUCACAGGCUUUGCACAUCUUUUGGCAAUGUGUAACCAUACUUUACGUCGCAGAGACGAAAUUUCAAUUCGAGCACAGAAACCUUAUCCUUGAUCACAUACUUGUGGACAGAAACCUGAAUGUUACACUAUGUGAUUUGAAAUGUAGCAGAGCCCAAAUGGGGCCUAAUGAGCCUGUUAUUUACACCAGACUGGAUCAUCCACUCUUUUUUCAAGGCGGCGGUGAUUACCAGUACGAAAUCUACAAGUUAAUGCGGUUCAUCUUGGCUGAGACCUGUUCCUGGGACAGCUAUGAGCCACGCACCAAUUUGCUCUGGCUACACUAUCUCUGCGUUAAACUAUUUCAGAGGUACGAAAACAAGCUUAACAAAUCGGGAUCAGCGAGGGACAAGUUGAGUAAACUGGCGCAAUUAGUCGACCCAAGUGCAUCGACCAAACGUGGGCUUUUCAAGAGAAAUGAGAUAGACGUCAAAACUUGUGGGGAUUUACUAAGGUUUAAAUAG